UAAAAAAUGGUGACGAAAAGGCUUCGCUCGGAGUACAUGAAGAAAUUUAAAGAUCCCAAAUGGGAGACUUACUCGAAAUGCUACGACGAACUGCUGAGGUACAGGCUGAAACGCAGACUCCUGGAGCAAUCACAUAACCCCUGGUUCUGGAGUGGAACAGAAAGCGAUUCUGAUUCCGCGGGAGAAAACUUAUCUCAAGUCAAAAGCGGUCAGGCCAAGUGUGCUGAGAGAGCUAAGGACCUUCCAAGGGCACCGCUGGAGGAGUGCCAAGGGGCCCAGAUUGAAGUACCAAGACUUUCCGUCCUAGAAAAGGAGCAUUGUGUAGCUCAGCCAGAAAACGAUCCUGCAGCUCCCCAGACACAGCAGAAAAAGCUACCAAGUCGUUCCAAGUUGACACGCUCCCGGCCCCAGCGGAUCAAAUCUGCACCAGCACGGCCUCCGACCGAGGACGACAAACAUCCUUUUGCUUUGUAUGCUUGUGGUGAGAAGGAUGCCGACAUUGCGGGAAGAAAGACUCACAACGUUCGACCUCUUGCUUCCACCAGUCAGAUCCAUGCCUCCGCUUUGAGGGCAAAGAGCAGACGGGAGGCAGAGCGGCUGGCCCAGAGUCCGCGAAGUGAUAGACGCAGAGCCAGUUCGCCUGAUGCAGACCAACACAGAAUAGUGGUUCAACCUGCGUUCAACCCUUGGCUUACCGAGUACAUGCGUUGUUUCUCUGCUCGCUCCCGAUAA